UUUGUAGCUGGAAGAAUGUGGACAGGGCAAACAAAACAGUUGCUUUUGGCUGGUUUACCAACACAGUGGUGCUUACGAAAACAUUUGCUCCUCGUCGUCCGCUUCGUGGUAGAAGCUCUUCAAAUUUGGAUCAACUCCUUGGGCCGGUGCCCCGCCGACACCGCGCGAAAGCGGAACAGCCAGCCAAAACUCUAUCAAAUCUACAGAGCAAAUUCUCGUUCCAACCUUGCUCGCUGGGAAGAUCUAGUCAAACUGACAGUCCAAAAUGCCGAAAUUAUUUUUAGAAAGAUUCACCCGGUUUUCUUUUUGUCUUUUACCACGACUGAGCGGCCUUGAAGUGGCAUCUUUUCACUGGAGAAUGUGGAUGGAGACAUCAGCAACAUUCAGCGAUGCACCGAAAUGAGGGUUAUUCCCCAGCGAAAUAGUUGAAACACGUUUGAUAAGUAGCUCACCAAUAUUUACAGCAAACGCUUGGCUUAAGUUAUAAGCGCAUGUGUUUGUCUUGGUAUCGCCGGCAAACAUAACCUUGACAGGCAGACAGAUGCUAAAGACCGAAAUGUUUUAGUGUUGAUGUAUCGCUGUUGCAAACAGGACGGACUCAAGCAACGAUGCGUUCCUACAAGUGCAUCCUAGCAACGGUUGCAGUUGCACUGACCGUAACCGCGAUCCUGGCAGCGCCCGUUGGAGAAGAGGAACCUGACAUACUAUACUACGACAACGUGCGUGAUGAUCAAGGAUACUUUUAUUCCUACAAAACGAAGGAUGGGCAGAGCCGCCGGGAGCAGGGAUACAUUGAUCCCGAGUCGGGCAUUUUGCGUGUGACAGGGUCAUACAAGUACAUCGGUACCGACGGUGAAACGUACGAGGUGUACUAUGAGGCGGACGAGAACGGGUAUCGCAUCGUUGGUAAGCCACCGCUGCCAGGCGCUCCCGGCAUCUCCAAUACCGUGUUACUUUCGCUCGUCGGUUAAGGUGUGAAGAAGAUAACCGCUGAAAAUUAUUAAGAAUGUGCUUUAUGUAGAAAUAAACAAGGAAAAUUGAGUGUAGUGUAAA